AUGUCGGUGUUUUCCAGCGGCCUCGCUUCUCGUUUCCAAGCGUCAUUCGAUCGUGUACCACAUGUAGUAAUCGGCAAGGCAGUUCCUCACGUGUAUUUUGCAUUCUACGUCCGAUGUCUGACGAUCAAGUCCAGGCUGGUUGUUCUCAAGGAUUUGCAUGGAAGCGCUGCUUCUGUUAGACGUUUAAAUGCGAGGUUGGCAGCUUUCGUGAUAGGGAGAGAAAUCGCGGUACUCGUUGCGUCCUUGCUUCUGAAUCCUCUGCUUCCACUACAACGUCGCCCGUCCAUGAUUCGAGAGCCCUUUAGCCUUAUGAAAUCAAUAACUCAAUACCAAGUUCCUGCUGAAGGCGCCUUUUGGCACACUCGAGAAGCUGGAGACCAUCAUAACCUGAGCACUCGCGGCGGUAGGAAAGAGCGAGCAUGCUAUGCCAAUAAGCCGAACCUUCCGCCAUUCUUUCUGACAACACUCCCCCAUCAUAUUCAUGGUGUACCGAAGCUCUUCCAUACUCUUUUGCCAAUUCCAAUAGUACAGGGCACGUGCAUUUGGGGCUCCACCGGUUACACGCGAGGUUUUUCGCGAGGUGAACUCAAUGGUCUCGACAGUCGCCGCAAGAUUCGGAAAACCGUCGUAACUCGGAAGUUCUUUGUAUUUGAGUGGUCCAAAAAGAUCAUGAAUCAGAUUCACCUUGAGAUAUUGCACCCGCCGAAACUGGCUUUCGGCAAGAGGGUUUACAUCGCAGACUUGUCGAUGACGAGCACUUUGAGCGAAGGCAUACGUUCAAAAUUUCGUUGUCGGGUAACUCGCAAUGGUAAAAUGCCAAGUGCUUCAAUGGAGGCAGAUGACGACAGCAUUGGGAUCCAAACCGGUAUAGUCUUCAACGAGAUUGACUUGGCAAAGUCGCUGCAGUCCAUCAUUGGGGCUGUUAAACAUUUUUAG